AAAAGCUCGCCUUAUCACUGAUAACUUCAGUCUCAAUCUUACGAUCGUAUCAGUUCGAUACCUUCUAUCUCUCUAUAACUCUUGUGUACAUUUUGUGCAGUGUGUGAAUACACCUUUAGUUCGCCGAACCAAAAUCAUCGAAAUGGCAUUCAAGUUCGUCAUCUUAACCGCCAGCGUAUUGGCCUGCACCUUCGGUUCACCGAUCGCCCCAACCCCAUACGCCACCCCAUCGUACCCAUCUCACCAACAACCGGCUUACCCAUCAGCAUCUGCCUACCCCGCACAAUCUGCCUACCCAGCUCCAUCAGCCUACCCAUCGCAAUCUUACCCAGCUGCCCCCAAAUACGCCGCUCAACCCAAAUACGAAGAAUCUUACCCAGAUGCUCCAGCCAAAUACAACUUCGCCUACGAAGUAGCUGAUGCUCACUCUGGUGACUACAAAAGCCAAUCCGAAGACCGUGAUGGUGACUACGUCAAGGGACAAUACAGUUUGGUCGAACCCGAUGGCACCAAACGUAUCGUCGACUACUCCGAUGAUGGAUACGGUUUCGUAGCUGUUGUACAAAAGGAAGGAACUCCAUCCUACUCUCAACCCAAAUCCGCCUACCCAGCUCCAUCCGCUGCCUACCCAUCGGCUGCCUACCCAUCGCCAGCUUACCCAUCGGCUGCCCCAUCCUACUCUGCCCCAGCUUACAAACCAGCUCCAUCCUACAAACCCGCCUACAAACCAGCCCCAUCCUACGCUCCAGCCCCAUCUUACGCUCCAGCCCCAUCUUACGCUCCAGCCCCAGCUUACUCUCCAGCCCCAGCUUACGCUCCAGCUCCAUCCUACGCCCCAGCUCCAUCCUACGCUCCAGCUCCAUCUUACGCCCCAGCUCCAUCCUACGCCCCAGCCCCAGCUCCAUACAAACCAGCUUACUAAUUACCUCAGUCUUUGAUAACGACUUGGUAACUUAGUUUAGCAUCUUUUUUUUUUACAAAUCGUACUUUAUAGACUACCUAUUUAAGAGUUACCUAUAAACGCAUGCUAAGUCAAUUUUACAAAAGCAUGCGCGUUAUUUAUUUUGUCCCUUUUCUCUCUCAUUGAAACUCGCUAUUCUCUCUCUCUUUUUCAUAAUUUAUAAGUGUUGUAUUUAUUCUAUAAUAAUUUAUACGAUUCCCUCUCUUCCUUUCUCCUCUGUUCCUGUAUCAUUUGUUUACAAAUUUAAGCGUAUUUAUUCGAACCUCGUACGAUUACUUCCAUCUGUCGACGAAACGAGAAACUUUCGUGCUUUCUCGUCGUCAAGCAGAUAGUAUGGAAUCGUUCACAGAGGCCGCCUCUCGAUGAAUCGAGGCUGCAACAAGCAAAACACAAGAAAGUCUACAGAUAGCGAAAGCUGUAUAUUGCUAAAGUUUGCUCUCUUCCUAAAUGUGCCAUUACUGCCAUUGUAAUCGCGUAAUACUCGACGAUAAUUCGACUAGGUAUGAGAUCGUUUAUAAUGUUUCAAUAUAUACGAAUCUUUUCCUCGAAUUAUGUGAAAUUUUUUGUAUGAAUUAUGUAAUAAAGAGAUUUUUUAAUUCAUAA